CACCAGCGCAUGUCUAGAAAAACUGUCGAUUCAAAUCUAGUUUUAGUUUACAUUUUUCAGCUACGUAUUCUGACGAAAACAUGCCAUGCGGUUUCUUAUGUAAAAACGCAAAUGGGAGUGAGAAAACUUUACCACUUGAAGAAGAUGAUGGAUUGUAAAAGUUAGAUGCGAGUAAACGCGCUCCUCCGUAUUAAAUGAGUUAUCCGAGGGAUGCGGUGUGUGUCCCGAACUUUGAGUAGACUUUCAAAACUUUUCUUAAAGUAAAGAUUUUUCAAAGGGACAUAGCCGGUCUCCGCGGUUUUCAUUGAAAAAGUACAGUUUAGCCUAAUUAUCGGAUUCUUUGUAGAGAGUCAUCGGACAAAGUGAACAGAAGAGCGUCGGGGUCUAAAGAGAAAGUAUUCAAGGUUGACUCUGACUCCCUGCUGUCCACCAUGGAGACCUCUGCUCUUACAGCCACUGAGAAGAAGGAGCACAAGGGAUCAGGUCUGGAUGGAAGCAGCUUCUCAGACCUGCCAAAGAAACCAUCUCCUACUACAGUGACCAGAAGUCCUCACCAUCUCUUCCCCACGUUUCACACACCGAUCCCGAUCGACAUGCGUCACCAUGAAGGGAGGUACCAUUACGAGCCACACCCCCUCCACACCAUGCAUGGACCUCAAGGCCUAGCCAGCAGCCCGGUCAUCUCAGACGGCAUCUCUCUGAUCCGUCUGUCCCCACAGGCAGCAGGGACGGGGGAGUCCCCCUUCAGCCCCCCUCACCCCUACAUCAACCCACACAUGGAGCACUACCUCCGCUCCAUGCACAGCAGUCCUACCCUGUCCAUGAUCUCAGCUGCCCGUGGACUCAGCCCCGCAGAAGUGACCCAUGAGCACCUGAAGGAGCGUGGUCUGUUCAGCCUGCCCCCUCCCCCUCCAGGGGCCAACCCAACACAGUACUACCACCUCAUGGCCAGUGGCAGGAGCACCUACGGAGACCUCCUCUUGCAGACCGGGGCGGCCGCUGCAGCAGCAGCCGCAGCAGCAGACCUGCCCGACUACAUCAGCCCUGUGGACGUGUCCCGGUUCUCCAGCCCCAGACUGACCCCCAGGCUGAACAGGAAGCGAGCCCUGUCCAUCUCCCCUCUCUCGGACGCCAGCAUCGACCUGCAGACCAUGAUCCGUACCUCACCCAACUCUCUGGUGGCCUACAUCAACAAUUCACGCUCCAGCUCUGCAGCCAGCAGCUCCUACGGACAUCUGUCAGUCAGCGGCAUCAGUCCGUCGUUCACCUUCCCCCACCCCAUCAACGCCAUGGCAUACCAGCAGCUGCUCAACCAGCAGAGAGGCCUGAGUGCGUUCGGCCAUACCCCUCCCCUAAUCCAGCCCUCGCCCUCCUUCGCUGCCCGCCAGCAUGCCCACGCCAUUGCAGCCUCCGCCCUCAACACCACCCUCAACACUUCGAGCUCUGAGUCCAACCAGAAUGCUGGUGGCGACCCAGCGGUGAGCAGCACAGUCAACCCCAUGAUCACCAAGAGGCACAAGGUCAAGACAGAAGCAGAGGGACCCCGGUCCAUAUCACCGUGCUCUCAGGAGCAUGUCCUGGACCUGAGUGAGGAACUGGAUAAAGAGGAAUGGAAGCAGGAGCCAGAGGCUGUCUACGAGACCAACUGUCACUGGGACGGCUGCAGCAAGGAGUACGACACCCAGGACCAGCUCGUUCACCACAUCAACAACGACCACAUCCAUGGGGAGAAGAAAGAGUUUGUGUGCCGUUGGGAUGAGUGCUCGCGGGAACAGAAGCCCUUCAAGGCUCAGUACAUGCUGGUGGUCCACAUGAGGAGGCACACUGGGGAGAAGCCACAUAAAUGCACAUUUGAAGGAUGCUGUAAGGCCUACUCUCGCCUGGAGAACCUGAAGACCCACCUGAGGUCCCACACAGGGGAGAAGCCGUAUGUUUGUGAACACGAGGGCUGCAACAAAGCCUUCUCCAACGCCUCAGACAGAGCCAAGCACCAGAACCGCACACACUCCAAUGAGAAACCCUACAUCUGUAAGAUCCCUGGGUGCACUAAGCGCUACACAGACCCCAGCUCUCUCAGGAAGCAUGUGAAGACGGUUCACGGACCAGAGGCACACGUCACGAAGAAACAACGUGGCGAUGUGCCCCCCAGGGGUCCUCCAAAGGGGAAUGGAGAGAACGAGGCAAACGCUAAACAGAGUGGUAGAGGAAUAGAUGGUAAGAUGGAGGCCAACAGCAUUACUAGAGGAGUGGAGGACUGCCUGCAGGUCAAGUCAAUCAAGACCGAGAACUCGAUGACGUAUCAAUCCAGCCCUGGCGGUCACUCGUCAUGUAGCAGUGAGCCAUCGCCACUUGGCAGUGCCAACAUCAAUGAAAGUGGAGUAGAGAUGGUCCUGCACAGCGGGGGCAGCUUUGGGGACCUGAGUGCACAGGACGACCCUCCCAUGAUGGACUCCUCCACCCUCUCCCACGGCAACUCAGCAGGGGUUGGGCUUGGGCUCCGUAAAGGGGGAGGAGUCACCAUCAAGCUGGAGAACAUCAAGGAGAGGCUGAAGAACGUGAGAGACUCGUGUCCCUGGGCCAACUCUGGUCCUCAGGUCCGGAACACCAACACCAAGCUGCCUCCUAUUCCUGCUGUUGGUUCCCUUCUGGAGAACUCCAAUAUGAUCGCUCAACCCGGGCCCUACCCUGGUCAGCGUCUUGGUGACCUGUCGUCAUGCGAGGUGACCAUGCUGAACCAGCUGAACGAGCAGGGCCGCCGGUACAGCAACACCAGCACUGCCAGUUCAGCCUAUGCCAGCCGGCGCUCCUCAGGCAUCUCCCCCUGCUACUCCAGCCGCCGCUCUUCCGAAGCCUCGCAGUUCAGCAACCGCCACAACAACAUCAGCUCAGCCGACUCCUACGACCCCAUCUCCACAGACCUGUCCCGGAGAUCCAGCGAGGCCAGCCAGUGUGGUGGUGGAAACCUCCCUAGUUUGCUCAGCCUCACCCCGGCUCAGCACUACCAUCUCAAGGCCAAGUAUGCUGCCGCAACUGGGGGCGCUCCACCCACACCUCUGCCCAACAUGGAGCGAAUGAGCCUCAGGACCAGGAUGGCCCUGUACGGGGACCACUCCCAGGAGAGGGAGAGCUCCUCCCACUCCCACCUGUUCCACCCCCCUGCCGGAGCAGUGCCCAGACGCUGCAGCGACAUCGGCUACGGUAACCAUAGUAUGAUGCCCCACGAGGUCCCUGGGAACCUGCCACGGCGAGCCAGCGAUCCUGUCCGCAGACCCACCUUGGACCCACUGUCCCUGCCAAGGGUCCAGCGCUACAACAGCAUGAACAGUAUGAACCCCAACUCCAUGAUGCCUCCUCCCUCUACCGAUCGCCAGGGCCUGGCCAUGCAGGGCUACACGCGGUCCGACGGAAGCCUGCACCGCCACCCCUUCGCCCCGCGGCCCCCCAGCAUAUCAGAGAACGUGGUGAUGGAGACCAUGGCUGUGGACGGGCUGGACCAUGCAGGGGACGAGGACAUGGUGCUACCUGAUGAUGUCGUACAGUACCUCAGGUCUCAGAACACUGGCCCCGGCCAAUCAGCAGGCCACGCCGACUAUGCCAACAGCCAAUCACACGGCUUCCCGGUCCAAGUGAAUAUGACCUCCUCCCAGCAGCCCCAGCAGCAGUUCUAUGGGCAAAGGAGGAUGGCCAUGGUGGAUACCAACAUGCCCCUAUCUGAGUCAGGCCAGGCCCCCCUACCACCCUACCAGAUGAGCCCUGGUUCUGGGUCGCAACAACAGCAGUACCCAACCUCACCCAGUAUGAACAACAAAAACAACAUGCCAGUGCAGUGGAACGAGGUCAGCUCAGGGACUGUGGAUGCCACAGCCACCUCCAGACUCACCAAGCAGAACAUCCUCAGACAGAACUGUGGGCCUUUCCAGGGUAGUAUGGGUAGUAACAGUAACCAGCAGGUGAUGCCUAUGAGCCAGAACAUGACACUACAAGGCUACACCCAGAGAAGCAACGCCCAGAGGAUCAACUCUGUCCAUCAGCAACAGAGGCAGCCAUGCAGCAUGAAUUAUACUGAGCAGAUGAGUCCCCAGCAAGGAUAUGGCCAAGAGAUCGUCCCCAUACCUAACUCUGGAUCUGGGAAUGGCAGCCUACGACCCAACUACAACGGCAUGGCACUGCCCAAUGGCAGAGUAAUGGCAACACAGAAUCCAGAUAUUCAAAACUACAGAUCAAGGACUCAGGUUGAAAGCUAUCCCCCUCAGAUGAAUCAGGUUGAGCAGCAGAACUUGAGUAGUAUGCCUCAGCAGCAAGCCGUCCAUACUGGGACCAGAGAUGGGAUGCAGCCCAGACUUCCCAUGGAGCCCAAGUCUAUGUCCAGACAACAUGCAGGAUCCAGCAGUACGAUGCAGAACCGUUUCCUUCAGUCUGACUUCAAUCACAACACCUCUGAGGCCAGUCCAAAGAGGCCAGGCCGCACCGCAGCACAUAACGUCGGACAAAAUGGAAACUCCAACUCUAACGCUCCAAUGUUCUAUGCUGGCCAGAUACACAUGUUCGAGUCCAACAACAACCUGAGUUUUGACUCCUCCAUGUCCCCCUGCACGCCCCAGGCACCGGUAGGCACCGCCGUUAUCAUGGCAUCCCCAGGGGUCAACCAGGUCACCAGCACCGUGGACUCCUCUGGCUCCUCUGGAUCGACCUCUGGUGUGGAGCACGCCCAGAUUGACUUUGAUGCCAUGUUGGAUGAUGGCGACCACUCCAGCCUGAUGUCGGGGACCCUCAGCCCCGGACUCCUCACAAGUCUGUCCCAGAACUCCUCCAGGCUCACGACCCCCCGUAACUCUGUGACCCUGGCCUCGGUGCCAGCAGGGAUCGGUAACAUGGCCAUCGGCGAUAUGAGCUCCAUGUUGACCGCCCUGGCUGAGGAGAGCAAGUUUCUCAACAUGAUGAGCUAAUGCCUUGGCUGCGUCCCAAUAGUCUUUCUCCCGAAGUGUUCACAUGUUCACUUCCCUUCAUGAAUUUGAAAGGAAAUGAUUGGUGUAUGGAAACUCCCUCUAGUCCAUACCUACACCAAUCCAAUGCUUUUUAAUUUGUGGGGAGUAGUGCACACUUCAGGAGGAAGGAGAGAUUAUUGGGACGCCCCCCUUGAGUAUUCAGACCAUUUUAAGAAAGCAUCAUGAAAAAUGUACUAUAAAAGCUCUGAUUAUAUGUAACAAUACCUUAUGGAAAUAGUUACUUAUCAAGAGAAUGUCGAUCUCCACCGGCCUGUAUAAAGACUUUGCUUAUCCAGUAAUAUGUAAUAUUUGCUCAAGUACAUUUUAAGUAAUGUUUAUGUUGAUAAAGUAAGUAUAGUAAAGGCAUAAGUGGCAUUUUUAUCACUGUUUUAAAAAGCCAUACUUUGUAUCUACGAAUAAAAAUAGACCAAGGUAUAAAAAUAAAUUGGCAAAGAAGUGUCCAUUGCUCAGUAUUUGUUGACGUUUCUUACAGUUGAAGUCGGAAGUUUACAUACACCUUAGCCAAAUACGUUUAAACUCAGUUUUUCACAA